AUGGCUAAUAGCCGUGGCGACCCUCUCCCAGCACAGCUGCACCUGGUGAACAACAGUGGAGACACUACUCACAGAUGUUGGAUCUCCGUCUCUGUUUCUGAUUCUCAGACUUUGGAGGUUCAGUCUGGAGAAGAAGUCACGCUGCUGUGCUCCAACUAUUCCAGUUCUCCCACACAGAUAUUCUGGUUCAGAGUGACCAAGAGAUCUGAACUCCACUGUAUCUGCUCUAUGUCCCAGCCUCAUGAACCUGCUUCAUUCUGCACAGGAAUUCAAAGUGGAAAAUUUGAAAUGAGCACCAACAUAUCCACGGUGUUUCUUAAAAUCAAACAAGUGGAUUUAUUGGACUCGGGGCUGUAUUUCUGUGGAACAUACUUAAGCAAUUAUGCAGUUAUUGUUCAUGCAACAAAUGUAGAGGUCCAAGACGUGUUUGAUAGAUUACCAAAGAUGAUGAGUGUGGUCCUGGGUGCUCUGACAGUUUUUCUCAUUAUGGCCGUCAUCUAUCUGGCUGCUAAAAUCAAACAUCUCCAGAAAGUGAUGAUCGUGGAUCUCCUGGUGAAAAUCUUCAUCCUUCAAACAGAUCAGGUCAACCAGACGAGUGACCGAACAAUUGCAAAUGUCUUUUUUCGCCAGAAAGUAAAUGAACCACUGCCCUGA